AUGUCAACAAUAUUAAUUGAGGAAGAAAAUGAAGAGUUAUUUGAUCGCUUACCAGAUUCAAUUCUACUAACUAUCUUCGAUAAGCUUCAAGAUGCUAAAUCCCUUUCAAUUUCUUCAUCUCUCUGCAAGCGUUUUCACUUCCUUACAACCCAAACACAACACAUUUCACUCACAAUUACACCUCCAAAAUCCCACAAAUCAUCACCCAAUAAUACCAACAGAAAUCAAUUUAUUCGAUUUCUGAACAGAGUUUUUCUCAAACCCUUUCAGUUUGCUCUUCGACAGAUCAGUAAAUGGAACCCAAUUUGUAUGCCCAUUCCUUAUGAUACCCAGAAAAAAAGUGAUAGUUAUAAUUGCUCUACUUGUUCUUAUGCUUCUUCUCCUGCUCAAAUUCUCCGAUGUUUCACAGAAAUCAAGGAACUCGAAAUUCGACUUCCCAGUAAGAGGAAUGUUGGUGGUUCCGAUUCAUUGCUGAAAUGGAGAGCUGAGUUUGGUAGUCAAUUGAAGAAUUGUUUGAUUGUUGGUGGAAUAUCACUUUCCCCAAUUCAUAACAAUCGUGCUGGAGAAGAAAUUGAAAAUGACGAUGUACCAAUUAUGCAACGAAUGACGAAUGAGGAGUUGAAAUUGCGAAUUGUUUGGAUAAUUUCAUCGUUAAUAGCAGCAUCAGCGCGGCAUUGUUUAUUAGAAGAAGUGAUUAAGGAGAAGAAAUCACUGAGCAAAGUAGUGAUUACGGACGAUAUUGGUCAGGGAAAGUGUUGUAUGAAUGGCGAACAAGUAGAAGAGAUGAGGAGAAAUUUCACGACGAAAAUGCCGGGUUUGAAGGUGAAAAUGUGGUUUGCUUCGGAGCUGGAGUUGCCGGAGGAAGGAUGCGUGAUGAAGGGGGCGACGUUGGUGGUGAUAAAGCCGGUGGAGGAGUGGAGCAAGGCGGAUGAUGGCGGAGAUUUGGUGGCGAAAGGGUUUGGUAUCGCCGGAGACGGGAAAGAGGAGAAGGUGUUUGAUGAAGUUGCUAGAGAGUUGGUGAAGUUGGAGAGGAGUUACUCUCUUGAAAUGAAUUCCUUUUGA